CCAGAACCAGAAACUUUCUUAUCAUAUAUAAAAAGCUGGUGUGUAACUAUUGAAAUGGAACUAAGUUUCAUGAAGUAUAAAGCUAUGUCAAGCAACGAUAACCCUCCAUCGGGAACUCAACCAAUACCAGUGCCCGAAAAACCCGAAGUUAAUCUUGGUCGUGGCAAUAAUCCGGGAGUCUAUUGA